UCUGUUUAAAGUACCCACACUAAGGUGGGUCCCAGAUUUCGGGCUCAAGACGCACAAAGAAUCUGAAAAGAAAUCUGAAAUUCUGAAGAAAUCUGAAAAGAUACAAAUUCUAUAA